CUGGGAUAUCGCCGAAGGACUCCACAUCACCCAGCCCAGACUGUCUGACGGAGGCCAUUACAAGUGCAUAGCUACCAACACACAUGGCUCAGACUCAGAGACAUCUCAACUACUUGUGGCAGGCGUUCCUCUGCCCACGGUCACAUGGAGCAAAAAGAAUGGACCAUUUGGUGCCCUCUGGCUCAUUGUGGAUCCGAAAUGUCUCUCUGCACAACCAGGGCAUCUACUCAUGUACCGCUACGAACGCCAUUGGAAAGUCCACUGCUUCUACUGUUCUGCAUGUCUAUGGUCAAUAUCCUGCUGGGGGAAGCAAGGUAGUUCCAAUCUCACAAGAGAUGAACAGAAGAAGGCUCCUGAUGGCGUCACAUCGGGGAACGAGUGUCUUUAUCAAGCCUGGAGACAUUCUACGUAUAGGGUGUCCAGUCCUUGCUCACCAUAAACUGCCAGUGAUGUGGGAUUACAACAAUCUGACCCUGAAGGAGGUUUCAAGUCCAGAACACACCGAGGGAUCUGGUCCGAAACAAGGUCCGCAGUACAGGAUGCUAGUGGGAGGCCGUGUCAUUGAGGUCAAUACACUCCAGGUUGAGUUCUCAGGCCGAUACCGAUGCUGGACCCUUAUCAACAGUACCAGACAAAUGUUGUCUGCUUGGAUGUACGUUCAAAUUGAAGAGUUGAACUGGCGUUUUGGAGAAUGGACCAAGUGCAGUGCUUCUUGUGGGAAUAGAGGAACUUGGCUGCGGGGGAUUCACUGUGUCAAUCUGAAUGGAAAGGCUGUUCAGUCAACCAUGUGUCAGCACAUACCAAAACCAAUCACUUUGCCAGUCACCUGCAACAGACAGAACUGCCCUCCCAGAUGGUUGGCAUCAGAGUGGUCGAAAUGUUCUGCCUCAUGCGGAGGUGGCUGGAAAAGGAGGCAGGUCUCCUGUCAGCAGUUAGAAGCCAGAGGUGCAGUGAAGACUCUGACAGCAGCUGCCUGUGAGAGGACCAGCCGGCUCUCAAGCUCCGAGCAGUGCACCGCCAAUGACUGUCCAACCUGGGUAGCCAGUGCAUGGGGAAAGUGUUUAGGGAGGUGUUUGGGCCCCGCUGCCACCAUACAGAAGAGAUCUGUCAUCUGCCAUCAUGCGAAUGGCUCCUCGUGCACAGACUGUGAUCUCAGAGACAGGCCUGUGUCGGUACGCAACUGUUCCUCUGACCUGUGUGAUGUCCAGUGGCGUACGAGUGCGUGGCGAGCAUGCACUGUAGUCUGUGGGAGUGGCUUUCAGUCCCGCAGGGUGGACUGUGUUUACCGCAGGAGUGGCAGGACUCUGGCGGACCACCACUGUGUCUGGCUCCAGCAGCCACCCACCUGGCAGCACUGCAACACCCCCAGCUGUGGGAGUGAAUGCAAGGACACCACCCAGUACUGCAGUGUGGUGAAGAGACUGAAGCUGUGUUACCUGGAUAUGUACAAACAAAGAUGCUGUGGGUCCUGUUCACAAGAUUCGGACUCCCCCAGUGAGCAGCCACAACCACACUACAUUUUAUAAAACGGAUGGAUGACAUGAGGACAUUGUCGAUGAAAGAACUGCACAUAUUUAAACUGGACGAAAUUCAGUGUAUUAUUUUAAUUUCUUCAAAGGAAUCUGAACAGCUUGAAGAGAUGCAGGAGCUUUAUUUUUCCAAAUUUGGACCUGACCUCCAAGUAUGAGAAUAAGUGUUCCUGAUGUGAAUCAAAUGGACAUUUCCAGUUAUAUUCAUUGAUUAUAUUAUUUGUUGGUGGCCCAGAAAAAUUUAUUGUACACGUACCACCACACCCGUUUAAACAACCCUGAGGUAUUGGUUCGACAGUAUUGUCCUUUAUUUGUUAUGAGUCAUCUCAUCCACUGCUGUUAUAAUUGGGGCUCAUCAAAUCUUCAUGAAAACAAUCUAGAAAUAUUGCAGUAUAUUUGAUUUAUUUAUAUGUGAAAAACUUGUUUUUUGUUUUUAGAAAGUUAGUAUUAAAAUAUUAAAGCUCAUAAUUCUGACCAUCCUUUCUACUCACCAAUUUUCUGAUAUUUUGUAAAAGUAUCACAAACACACUUAUCACAAGACACUUGUGAUACUAUUUCUAAAGCUUUCCAUCCUGAUAAGUUUCAAUGUUUGGUAGACAUACUAAAAUUAUUUUAAUUCUUUGACAAGAACAUCUUCCAAUUUAAAGAUAUUGACCCAAAAAACAUUACCAUCAUAGGUGAGUUUGUUGGUCUUGAUGACGUUCUGUGCCGACACUUUUGAAAGGAUCUAUUUCUACUCUGUGUUGCAAUUAUACAAUGGUUAUGGAAAAUAAGCAAUGGCUGACAUUUGGUUAAAGGAUAGGCAAGUCUUAAAUCAUGGUUUCGUCAGGUUUCGGGUGAGGUAAAGAGUGUCCAUCGACUAGGGCCAGAAAGAGAGUCCUAGAUUCAAAAAGGCUGAUUAAGAUUAGAAUGAACCGGUAUAGUUAAGGACAUAGAAAGGUGAACCAAGGUGGGCUUAGCCAUUGAGACAAGGAUGGGUUAGGCUCACAAACGUCCAUCUUCUGCAUUAAAGUUAGAUAUGCUCCACACCCAUUGACCACUCCAGCCUGCACAACCUAAUAAACUACAUGAGAACAGAAUGCUUCUUGCACAAAUUGUCCUGCAGUGUCUAGUAUCUGGAAUGAACAUAAUCCCUGGGGUUGCUGGGCUGGUAAAAAUCUGAUCCACAUACAGAAUCAACCAGUGAGUCUUUUCUUUAAUUUACAAUAUCAAUAUCAGGUCAUAGAUUAAAAAAAAAAAUUUGAAUCAAAAUCCCUACAGACUAUUCACUUCUGUGAAGGCGCUGGGUUGUCGUCAAACAUCACUUAUAAGAAAAGAGCGUUUUCAAAAAAGGAUUAUUUACAUAUUUAUCAACGCCACUUUUUCUCACCCGUGACAAUACUGAUAUUUUGAUAUUACACUUGAAGAACAGAGGCCAAACUGACUACAUUCACUACCACAACAGUAGUUUUGACUGAAUUAUCUGAAGAUCUUAAACAUAACGCAUGAGUAUCUGUCGGUAUGGUGGUAUGUUAGCUGCCAUUCACUGUUUUAUUUGCAUGUGUAUAAGCGAUAUCUUCGAUGUUUUAUAUCUUAAUUGUGAAAGCCACACGGUAACAUGCAUUCGUCAAGGUUUCUGGCUAUACAGUACAUCUGAUGUGGUAACUUUAUACUGCUUGUAGACUUGCAGCGGUACUGAGGGAAUAUGAUGAUUCUAGUACAACAAAGUAUUGAGGUGCUUUAGAUAACAUGGCAAAGGAAUAAAGACGGUUUGAUCACUUCAUAAAUAUGGA